AUGGAGGGAGCGCCUCCUGCUGCGUCACAUCAUUUCCGGUACUUCCAGCUCGUUCCCACCACUUCCCCUCUUGCCCUCCUGUCCGCUGACGGUGACGGGAUAGAGAACAGGACAUUGACUUCAAAGCAGAAGCAUUGCCCCCAAGAGCUCCCGAGGACUGACCCUCGGGCCGGUAACGAGAACCAGGUGGCCCGGCCAACAGGGGAGACCGCUAAUCGCACAGGGAAACAUGCUCGUUCCCCACAGACGGGUUCCGGCAGGGAUGACCAGCCCGGGGAGAGAGGUCAAGGCGGCUCCUCCGUGUGGGAAAUCCUUCAGUCGCAGCUCCAACCUACUCAAGCACCAGUGCACCCACAGCGGCCACAAGCCCUACACGUGCGGCUAGUGUCUCAAGGCCUUCAAGGGAGCGUCCCAGCUCAUUCACCGCCAGCGCGUCCACAGCGGGGAGAAGCCGUUCGCGUGCCAAGAGUGCGGGAAGGCGUUCCGGGGACGCUCCGGUCUCAGCCUGCGCCGCCGGGCGCACGGCGGCGGCGAGCGGCCCUACGCGUGCAGCGAGUGCGGGAAGGCCUUCGGAGGCGCUCCCCCCUCUUCAAGCGCCGGGCGACUUGCGGCGAGGGGCGGCCCUGCGGGUGUCCGCACUGCGGGAGGGUGUUCCGGAGCCGCUUGUCCCUCCCGGAGCACCGGCGCGCCCCGGGCGGCCAGCGCGGCCUAGCCUGUGAGGGGGCAGUGUGGUGCGGCGGCCCCCGCGGCAGCCGCGGGGGUGGGAAGCCCUCGGAGAAGAGCGACGGGGGAAAGGCGCCGGCCUGUUUGGGUGCGAGGGCCAGAAAGUCCCGGGACACCGCGAAUGCGCGGCCACAGGCAGUACAGCCUGUUCGCCUGGGAGAGGGCCCACUUUAAAGCCUGGGGCCUCCCGCUCCCCUGCCUUUGAUCGCUGAGGACACGACUGAAGCACAGAGACCUCAGAACAGAUCCAUGUUCUGUGCUGGAACUGCCCAGAUGCCCCUACCCCACGCGGGUCAGCGCUGCGCUCCAGCAGGGCCCUGUCGUGGGCACAGCCACCUCCGGUGAGGGACGAGCGGUUUCUCUCGUGUUGUGGGACCAUCCGCUCCGCUCCAAGACUUCUUGGUGUUUCCAGGUAAAAGCACUAAAAGCACUUUAAUCCUUUCAGAGCUCAUAAACGGAAUUCUACAACUAGACUGUGGCCGGCCCGUGACAUCACCUCAAAUGCAUCAAGAAACCGUCCGAAAACGGCCUUGGGCGAACACAUUCGUGGACAGCUCACGCCCAGGUGUCAGGCUGCGGGAAGCGGUGUGUUCUCUCUAAGCCCGAAGCUCCACGGGAGGAAACGGGACACCCUGCCAUCAUGCUGACUGGUGGCCGGCUCUUUUUCCAGGCCCUCUGUCCCCGUGCCAGAGAGGCGCAGCCUUCUCCUUUGAGAAGCAGCCCCCAGGGCCCAUCUUCUCGGAGCCCUGGGGCGGGGCAGGGGAGUCAGGGGACACUCUGGUCCCUCGCAGGAGCAGGCUCCGGGCAAGACCCCGCACGAGCUGGCCUGCUGCUAUCCGUCUCCUCCCGCCCGGUGCCCCGGGCUCACCCUACUUACUGCCGUCUGCCUCCCACACCCCAGCAGCACAGACCAGCCUGGCCUCUCUGCCCCUCCUCCCCACCCUCAGUGCCUAAAGCUUCACACUUAGGUGCUCUCCCUCAAGUGGCCACCUCUUGUGGCUGGUGCCGAUCAGGAAGAAAACGAGACGGGCUACAAAUUUGCACACAGCAUGCCCAGUGAUGGCUCUCUCAUCAGACCUUUCAUAUGAUAUUUCUUACAAUACUGCACGUUCACUUGCUUUCAGCAUUUUUGUAUUCAGGAGUAACGUAAGCUAGAGAUUUCAGCUAUAUAAGGAAGGGUGUUGGUGAAUCGCUCCUGAAAUAAGAAUCCCGCCAACCCUGUGAGAAGACCUCAGGCAGGAGAAAGAGACACCCGAUGGGUGCAAUGGGUGCGGUGGUGAGCCUGGCCCCUCUUCUCCCUCCUCCCCCUGAGCCUCACGGAAACAGGGCGUCCCCUUCAAAUGGCACUUUCCUGCAGCCUCCUGCUGGCCAGGGGGUGGCGGCUGCUGGCAGGCUCUGCCCUGUUCUGUCCGCACUGUCCCCAGAGCCGGGUUCAGGAGUUCGGCCCCUGGGUGCUCUCAGCCCAGCGUCCUGGUUGGCUUGCCUCCUCCUUCCAGCCCCCUCCACUGCCGGGACCUCUGGUGGGCAACUGGUAGGUAUGCUGAGCACCCCCUAUGGGCCUCCGAGGAUCGUGUGCGCCUUCCCUGCCACACAGUGAGAGGCUCAAAGCACCCUCAGGACAGUGUGGGGAAGAUCUGGAAAUACAGGAUUUCUUCCGAGCAUGCUUCUUGGAGCUCCAGUCACUAGGACGACUCCAGGAGCAAGAGAUACAGAUAGAUAGAAACACAUUGACAUAGAAGUUUUAUAUAGCUAUAUUAGAAUGAUUUUUAGAUACGACUUACGGAAAGUUCUAGAGUUCUUGCAACUUGCUUUUAUCUCAGAGCCCCUUUCACAGGGUCUGUGUCCCCUUGUCCUUCGGUUGCCUUCUGCUCUUUGUGUCACAUUCAUCUUUGUCGGCACCUCAGAAACAUGAAGUAUUAAGGCCACUGUCUUUGAAGUCCAUGGACAGGACGUGUGGAAGCACGUGUUUUUAUGAGGCGCAAUCUUUGCCAGGGCUGGGGUGGAUUCAGGAAGCCAAUCCCAGUGCAGAACAAGAGACAGUGGCAGGAGGCAUUGGGAUGACAACUGCCACGCGGCGGUGGGAACUAGAAAGAGAUCAGAUCCCGGGGCUCUAAUGUCUGUUUCCAUCACCGUAGUAAGUGAGCCGUCUCAACUCUGCAGGCCAGUCAGUAACUGGCUUCACUAAAGAAGACUCAUAGCCCCCGUGGAAUGUCAUCCCAUGGGUUCUACUGGAUGAGCCACCUUGAUUUUGUGAUUUUCUUUCUAAUGUGCUCUGAAAUUGGGCUCCCACACAACCGGACGCAAAAGCUCACGCUACUGGAGGACAUCCUGCCGGCUUUCCAGUCCCUUCCCCAAGAACUUCCCUGGACAUCGGCCCUGUCACGCUUCUCGACUGGUGUGCUUCAGGGACAGCCCCAUAAGACACGGUGCCAGCGCACAGUGUGUCUGACAUUGAGACCACUCGCCCUGUGAAACUGUGCAGACUUUCCAAGAGCCGUUGAAAUGUUGUGGCGGUGCCUCCACGUAACUGGUGAAUUGCCUCGACCGCAUUCAUUUACUUCGGGCGCGAACAAAUGAGGGUCUAAGAGUGCUGGCCUUAAAGGAGCCCUCUCGUGCUGUAAAGUAACCAGAUGGCAGUUGGGCUAAAGGUCCCAGGAAAAACUCUAAGUGUGGAAUCGUGGGGGAAAGCCAAGACACUACGUUGGCAUGAAGGGAAGGCAGAAACCCUGGAGGGCGAGACACAUGGGCAUCAAGAGCUGCCACCCCCGGCCAGUGGGACACCGUGACUCAGAUCAGGAAGGACAGAGUGGCGCAUCCGUCCCCCGAGAGACCCAGCUGUGUCUUCCUCCCAGUUGCUUCUUCAGGCAACAUGGCGGCACGCACACUCACUCGGGUGGGUCCCCCGUCCAGCCCCGUGUGGGCCUGUAUAGAAGGUGGCUCCACCUUCACCCUUCCGUGGUUUGCUUCGUGGCCUCCCGCUGUGGGGGGACUCCAGGGUGGACACCUGUCUGUACUAUAGGGCCUGCAACCUCUCCAUCUCCGUCUUCCCCCAGCCAUGUUUGAGGUCCUCGGCCCUUUCCUCUGUCCUUUAUCUCUGAUGGUCAUUGAGCCACCAGAUCCCGUCCGCCCUCGAUUAUGGUUGCCCCAGCUGCGCCUGCCUGCGUGCGGCCAUGUUUGAGUUGCAAGGGCGGUCCUGCAGUUGUCACCUGACUGACGGCAGCAUCCUUGUCUGGGGCUUUACGUAGGCCCGGGAACAUAGAUCUCUGCAAAACGGACCGUGUCUACAACCUUGCUCGGAUUGUAGCUCGCGAGACUAGCUCUGCUUUGCGAAGUUGGCAGGUGCUCCAAACAAACAGAUAGGGAAAGCUGUGUUCCCUGUGACUGUGUGGCUAUAAUCCCAGACUUGCCCCCAAGGGAGGGAAAAACAGGCCUGGGAAGGGGCCUCUCAGGAUUCUGUUGCCAUUGUCGCCAAACAUCCUUAGCUUCUA